GCUCCGUGGGCGCACGGUCGUUGCAGUUGAUAAAUGGAGGAUUCGUGAUUGUCAAGGUAGUUUUGUUUACGCGGAAAUUUUCACUCGGUAUCAACUUCUCGCGCGUCCCGUCUGUGCUGAAGAGGUAGAUGAAGGAUCUAAGAUGUCCCGCAAUCACAAGGACAAAUAUGAAAACUCCAACCCACGUCGCACGCACUCGUUUAUGUCCACGGAAGAUGCGAACUCGGGGAAAAAAUCUUAUUGGCCGGAGUUGGAGAUAACAGGCAGUAUAAGAAACUUAAGCCCCAAUCUGUGGCAGUUGACCCACCUGACUGCAUUGUAUCUCAAUGACAACAGCCUGCAAAGGAUACCAUCAGAGAUCGGUCGUCUUGUCAACCUGCGUGCUUUAGAUCUCAGCAGCAACAAGCUGCGCAGUCUGCCUGCUGAACUGGGGGACCUCAUCUACCUCAGGGAGUUGUUAUUGAACCAAAAUUAUCUUCGCGUGUUACCGUAUGAACUAGGAAAGUUGUUCCAGUUACAAGUGCUCGGACUACAAGGAAAUCCACUCAGCAAAGAAGUGAUGGCGUUGUAUGGAGAGCCUGCAGGGACAAACAAGCUGCUGACGUAUAUGUUGGACAACUUACAAGGUAAGCCACCUUCCGGUCGGUUCCUCUUCCGCAACCGGAACUUCGUCGUGCUCUCUUUACCUUGGCUCUCCAAAGUACGUGUAUAUGUAUACACAAGGCAGCGACCGAGUAAUUUCAUCAUCGGUUACUUUCUAUGUGCAGAAUACAGCCAAGGAGAGAAUAGCAAUGUUGUUACGGCAAACCAUCCACCGCAAAGACCGUGGAUUCCACUGACAAGGCCCAACAGGACGAGACCAACAUGUAUCUUCACGGUGAUGUGCUACAACGUGUUGUGUGACAAGUACGCCACGCGACAGAUGUACGGCUACUGUCCGAGCUGGGCGUUAGACUGGGAGUACCGGAAGAAGGGCAUCCUCGAUGAAAUACGCCAUUACGCCGCGGACAUCAUCAGCCUGCAGGAGGUCGAGACGGACCAAUUCUACAACUUCUUCCUGCCGGAGCUCAAGCACGACGGCUACGACGGCAUAUUCUCGCCCAAGUCCCGGGCGAAGACGAUGGCGGAGAAUGAUCGCAAAUACGUCGACGGUUGCGCCAUUUUUUACAGGACCGCCAAAUUUACCUUGAUAAAGGAGCAUUUAGUCGAAUUUAACCAAUUGGCAAUGGCAAACGCAGAAGGCUCGGACAACAUGCUAAAUCGUGUUAUGCCCAAGGACAACAUCGGGCUGGCUGCGUUACUUAGGACUAAGGAUGCCGCUUGGGACAAUGGUGUUCCAUCUGAUCCAGCACAAGUACAACAACCGAUUUUAGUUUGCACGGCUCACAUCCACUGGGAUCCCGAGUACUGUGAUGUAAAACUGAUACAAACGAUGAUGUUGAGCAAUGAAUUACGUUCCAUUUUGGACCAAGCUGGCCAGUCGUUCCGACCCGGCCACAAGCCUGACUCUUCCAACGUUCAACUGUUGCUUUGCGGCGACUUCAAUUCCUUACCUGAUUCCGGAGUGAUUGAGUUUCUUACGUCAGGGCGUGUAGCGGCGGAUCAUCGUGAUUUUAAGGACUUAGCGUACAAAUCGUGUUUACAAAAGAUCUCCGGCUGCGACAAACCCAACGAAUUCACGCACUCUUUCAAGCUUGCAUCCGCCUAUAGCGAGGAUAUCAUGCCCUAUACUAAUUAUACAUUUGAAUUUAAAGGCAUAAUAGACUACAUUUUCUACUCGAAGCAAAGCAUGGUACCGCUGGGACUUUUAGGUCCGCUUAGCCAAGAGUGGUUUAGAGAACAUAAAGUGGUAGGAUGUCCCCAUCCCCAUGUACCAUCUGAUCAUUUUCCUCUGUUAGUGGAACUGGAAAUGACACCGACAGUAGGAACAAGCAAUGGUUUGAUCUCACGCAGGUAGCAGCCGCUGCGAUCUAGGCCCAAGUAACCGUCAAGAGACGAUAAAUCAAUAAUGAGAAACGACGAGGAUGAAAAAAAAAGGAUUCGCAUCACUUCUAUUACUUCUGGCUCUAGCAAUAUCACUCGCAGUCGACUAUUAUUCUACAAUGGCAAACACUACACACAGUCACUACACACACGCGCAUACACUACAUACCAUUACACCAUUAUGUACGUGUAGUAUAUACACAUACAUGCGAAAUACUCCAUACAUUGCCGUACACUCGACUACAAAUUGUCAAUCCGGUGCACGGCCGGAUCAGACAAAACACAUAAUUCUAACGACCAGGUGAAGAGAGCCGUGUUGUAAUGCGUUUAGCCCAUGUAUAGUGUAUUGCAUUUUUAAAAAAAGUGCUAACUCUCCCACGCCUAAAGAGCAUCGUGACCUCUCUAACUUACUAUCACUAAUAUGUAGAUACCUAUUUUCCUAUAAAAUGAGAGAUGAAAAAAAUGCGAAAGGAGGAAAAGAGGAAACGACGACGAAUAUUCCGAUUCAAGAAAAGCCUCUGUGAUAUCGACAUUUUAAAUGCAAUUGGAACAAUUAUUCACGUGUUUAUCACACAACAGAGAAACUUAGCGUCUUGCUAGAGAGAGACACACACAACCCUUUAGCAGAACAGAGAACCCCUCCUUCCCUUCCCCCCUUCCUAAAUGUCAUUACAACAUCCUCCAAACCAAGACCUUUUGAUAAGAAUGCUGCCAUCCAAUGAGACAAAAGAAAAAAAAUUGUAUUUUUAAACGAAACGCGAAGCAAACGAGAAAAAAACUACGAAAAACAUACAUGCUAUACUGGGCUGUGCGAAGUGAUUGGAGUUGACUUAAACAAUUUCAAUGCAAGUACAAAUCUGUUCUUAUUGGCCACGUAUAUAUUGAUAAUACGAUAAUGUUAUAUAAGAAGGCGAGAGCGUAGUUGAUAUUGUAGCGGAUGUAUUUGUAAGUAAAACAAUAAUGUAAACGAUGUUUAUCAUCACACGUCUAUCAUAGCGUCGCGCGAAAUCAGUCGCCAUUUUCGCCCAUACUUAUAGGUAUGUCCAUUCGGCUCGGAUUAUUAAUGUAUGCGCUCUAUACUAUCGCGUCAGAAAGAAUAUUACUACUUGUUAAUUCAGUUGCCACGAGAGAGAGAGAGAGAGAGAAAGGGAAUUCUGUGCAAUUUGACCGCGCGCGAACCGCCGCCUCGCUAUGACCGUAUCGCAUUUUUUUUUCUUUCCCUCUCUUUUUUUCUGUUUAUUAGUUCUCGCUUUAUCGUACCUAUCAUCAUCGUCUAGUAAACGUGCAGUUAUAUAGUCGCAGCUACCAAAAUGUAGAUUCUAAUUAUUACUAGUUAUCAUGUAGGAUGCGUGCACUUAGAAAGUGAGAGAGAGAGAGAAGGAGGGAGGGAGAGAGACCAGUAUUUGGGACUAUAUUGAAUGAUAGGGCGCUAUGAAAACCGCAAUGAUACAUUUAGUAUGCAGUGCAAAUAUACUUUACGUAGCGCAUCGUUAAACACUUCACAUUUCGGUCUUUCAUUCGCAAUCGAUUCGUCCGACGGUUCUUGGCGCGCGAACGAACCGAGAGGGAAGAAAGAGAGUUCUCGAUGUUUAUACGUUUAUAUAUCGCUGUACAUAAUUUCAUUCUUCGUUUCCUAUCUCUCGAAGCGAUAUCCGAAUGUACUGUAGAUAUGAGAUAUAAUUUUUCUUAUAUAUGUAUGUUUUGUAAAUAUGACAAUGGUACGUUGUUUUUUACGUUGACUGCAAUUUACGGGUACCUUUAUUACUCUGUUCUUCGAGUAGUAAAUCAAGGGCGAUGCAGAAAUUUAUUAGACACUUCACGAUUUACGCACAUGCUCUGUAGAAUUACAGACAAUCUUGACGUCAUGCCUCAUGUCGUUUUAUUAUUUCUUUUCAAACUAUCCAGAAGAGAACUUGUUCUCACGAAGGUGUAAAAAAUACUCACUUUAUACUCGCGCGCCUUGAUUGUGUGUACAAAUUUUACAUCUUGAUCGUAUGUACAAAUUUUUGUUCUUCUCUUUUCGCGCAAUAUAAUAAUUCUUCCCUUCUAACUUUCUUUAUAAUUCUUCUAAAUAGCUCUUCGUGGGACAUAGUUAUGAGAAGAUCCUUUGCAUGUCAUGGCAUGAUAAAAAGAUACGAUUAGACUUUCGACAUAUACAUCUUUUUUUGAUAGCAUACUCACAAAGUACGUGCGAUAACACGACACGAACGAUACCGAAGCACAUCGGGAAGAUACGUAAAAGUUUAUACAUCUACUAUAAUAAUUCUUAAAUAUUUUAUGAAUAUCGCAUAGCAAUAUAACAAUUGAUCUCGUUAUGCACGGCACAAUCGAUAAUUAAGAAGAAACCCAGCAAACGUUAAGUAACAAUUAUAUAACAGUUAGUUAUAAUUUCUUACUUGACAAUACAACGCAUGUGUUAUAUUGAGUGGAAAAUUAUAACUGAGAUUUGAAUUUAGAUUUAAAUUUGAGUUUUUUAUAAAAAUUUGAAUUAUAAAAGUAACACAUGCGUUAUAUAACAGUUAUAUUGUUGAAUAAAAAAUUAUAGCUGAUAAUUAUAUAACUGUUACUUGAUUUACUGAGAAGGGACUUUUUCCAUUUGGCUUGUCUUGGUUUGCGCGCGUCAUCUGCAGCCUCGUCAACUGAAUUACACAAGUAGUAAGCGAUUAGUUUGUCAAAGACACAUCUGUGUAGUAAAUGUUGUAAUAAUAUAAAAUAGGUAAUUAGUUUUAAUUAUUAUAUCCUCUGGCGAAAGAGAUAGUAUCUCUGCAUAUAUAUAUAUAUAUAUAUAUAUAUAUAUAUAUAUAUAUAUAUAUAUAUAUAUGUACACAUAUAUAUAUGUAUUUGUAUAUUCCUUCGUUAUAUAUUAAGCGUGUUUUCGCACAUGGCAAACGAGUGACACGUCUCCAUGCGACUGUCUCUGAUGAGACGUGUUAGAGUCAUUAUCGAUUGCUGGCUACUUCGGGCCUAAUUUCGGAACGCGAAUAACCCGAGGAGGAGAGAUUACGAUGACGAUCUCUCCUUGACAAUGACGGUGACGAAAUUGGAGAGAAUAUUUAUUUAUGCUGCCUUGCAUUAAGCCCACACUGCGGACGAUCUGUAAUUCGCAAUUGAAUUUUUCUUGUAAUAUACAUAUACAGUGAGUAAUAAAUAUCGACAAUGCGCUUCAAACGUCAGGUGAUGAAGCAUGCAUUGAGAAAUAUUGGUACAAGUCUGUUUAGCUAUUUAUUUAAAAAAAAAAAGCGAUCAUUACAAAAAGUAUUCAACAUUUGUAAAAUAUUUUUAUGCGACAUUCGAGGAAAAGUUGUAUUCCGUUGGCAAUCGGUUUUUGUUAGUCUUUGUAAACAACGAGCGCGACAGCUAAGAAUAACUCGAAGAGAACAAUUUCACUCCGAAUACCGUCGCAAAUCAUAGAUUGUCCGAGAUGGGCUCUGUAAGAGGCGAAAUGAGAACAGAACAAAAAAAGUCAGAAGAAGCGCACGAUAAUAAUAGUUUUUAACUCGCUCCUUUUUUUUGCCAUUACGAUAUAUUAUGUAGCGAGGAAAUUAGUGAACAGUUCGUAAUAUGGUCUCUUAAUUCUUAAAAGUAACGUGUGCGAAAAUGUAUUUUCGGGGUGAAAGUACCUAUGUUUUGCUUGAACGCGGGAUCUUCCGGCUGCCUUGACGGCGAUCAAAAUUUGGACCAGCACCACAAGUCCUUUUUUCUGUGUGUGAGGACAACUAAAAAGCCAAACACAAAAUCUGACACGAUUUCUUUGCGAAAUUUUGCUUUCUUUUGCGAUCGCGCUCAAGAUGAUAUACCAAAAGGGAAAAACAGUGCGUAAGCGAUAUAUCUCAGCCAAAGCUAGUAUUCUCCGAGAUCGCAUGGGUAUUUUCAUCGCUUCCCUCCGGCGAAGCUCACUCCGUGAUUGUCUCUUAUCUACUAGCAAGAGCGUCAAGCUAAACUAAAAAAAAGAAUUGAAAGAAAAUGAAAGAAAAGGUAAACAGAACAUGAGUGUAUACGUUUGUAUCUAUUCGAUUCUUGUUUUCCGACAUGUGGACAUGCAUUUGCGUUUUAGGGAUAUAAAUGUAACAAUCAAUUGUAUAAUAAUGUGCAACAUGGGGAGAAGAAGCCUCUGUUCGAUCGAAGACGCGUCAAAUCAAAGCGCUUCUUGCAUGAUGUAAGAAAAACGUAGAAAAAGACGCGAGCACAUAUUCGCUGCCUCGUUCCUCCUUCGUGAUCGCUUUUCAAUUGUUGUUCGUGAAGAUAUAUAUCGAGAGAAAUGUAUACACGCUCGCUUUAGCACGUAUAUACACAUCUUUGUUGGCAGGGAGCGAGAACGAGUGGUUAUGAUCGGUCAGUUGGUCGGGCGACGAUCGUACGCACGACGUGCUCGCAUGCAUUUCGGCUCGCUCGCCAAACCGUAGUGUAAUAUUUCGGAUGUAUUAGCUUCUUGUUCGAAGCGAACGGAGAGACUCGAGGGAAUUCACAUAAUAUGUACUGUAGACUUUCACGAACAUCCAAUUGCUGCCGCUGUUGUAAACUCGGUGAUACUGCGAGACGACGUUUCAACUUUGUAUCAAGAAGAAAGAUCAAAGGACCGUAUUUUCUCGUGGGCAAAAUUCAAAAUAUCUCGCAAAUUAUACUCGAACAUGUAACUUCGGUUUAUUCAUCUGGCUUUGUGGGUAACGAUUCAACGACAUUGCGAGCAGAUGGUUCCUGCGACGCGAAUGGAUCAAUAUUAGUUGCAUAUUAAUCGGUCGAUCAACCGAUUGAUGCGCCGAUUGAAUGAUUCGCGCUGUGUCACGUCGUCUCCGAGAUCGCCGUUCUUCUUUCGGGACGUUACCGCAAUUCAGUAGAAAUAAUUUGGAGGCUUUUCACCGCGAAAAGGUGCAAAAAUCGACCGCGGAUCGUCGUGAGAAAUUUUACGCUAUAACGCGCGUUAUCUUACAUUAGAAUUAUGGUCGAGUUUUUUAAUUCAUUGAUGGAUCCAUCGUAUGAUGCGCAAAUGCAAUGUUUCGCUGUAUUUACGCAUCAUGCAAUGGAUCCAUCGAUGAAUUAAAAAACUCGCCUUAUAUUAACGUGUUCUCUCGUUUAUUUGUACAACGCGUACACACAACAUGCGCACGCGCGAAAUACACACACGUAGUAGCAAUGUUUUUAAGGGAAUCGUGCACAUAUACUGUAACGAAAGUGUUUGAUGAAUCCCGAAUCGACUCUUUCGGCAUGGGCUUUCUACGAAUUCAAAUUUUAUCGAGAUGCAAAAGCAUGUAAAAAAGAGAAAAGGAACAGACAGAUCUUUAGUUUGAUAUUUGACGGGGAUCAUCUCUAUGUUAUGAAUAAAAUUUCACCACCUGACGCGCAAAAGUCCGAUAUCACCCGUGUCGAAAGAGUUGUUCAAUUCUAAUUUCACCCCGCGUUCUCUCUCUUUCUCUCUCAUUUCCUUUUUCUCUCUCGAAUAGAAUCGACGCCGGCCAGCGAGAAUUGUAUAUAAAUUUUUUCUACUGAAUGAAGAAGCGUGCUUCACACGAUCUGCGAUUCGCGACGAGAUAUUCCAUUUAUAAUUCUAUCGCGUCUCACGCGUCUCGAUCGAAGGAUGAGAAUUCUAGUGAGACGAGCAGCUUUAAAAACGCGAUUCCAGCCUCUCUCUCCCUCUCUCUGAAUGUUUUCUCGCGGGUAGAUCUCAAGAGACCAGAAUAAUAUCGCACGACAACGGAUCGUUUGAAGCGUGCUCGUUAACGUAAUUUUAACACGCAUAAUAAUAACGAUCCUGACCCUAGAAAUGCGACCCUAGAAUAUCGUAUAUUGUAUCGAAAUAACGCGUGCUAAGGUAGAUAUUAGCUAUACAGCUCGAAACAAGUCGAUUGUAAUCGUUUCGCGUCGCGAAUUUUCUCCAAGACGGGUUUUUCUUUCGAUUAUAGUCGAUGUCUCGCGUUUGGAAUCACGAGGACAUGCUUCGCGUAGGGGAGAAUUCACAUCUUGCAAAGAACAGAAAGGCAGAAGCUAAUCAAAAUAUAUAUAUAAGAAAAUAGAAAAGCAGCAGCUGUCUGUUGAUAUAUUCUGACCAGCAGCGCGAGUUCUGAUUGGCUUCUACCUCUUUGCUUUCUGCUUUUCUAUCCCAAGAUGUGAAUUCUCCUUUACAAGGAUGUAGCCGCCCGUCCCGAAACGCUUGACGAUACAGUCGAUUUUGUUUACAUCAUCAAACGAUUGACGGUUUGUCUUAGCGAUCUCUUUGUAAUUAAGACAUCCGCAUAUCGUUAAAUCUGAUUUAACGUGUUGCAUGUUAAGUGACACACGGGAGGUAAUGCCGCAACGCCAAGUACAUAAAUUCUGAAGGACAUUCAGUUUUACUAUACGAAAUUGACAUCUUUUUCUCUCCCGGUGAAAUUCUCGCGGUUCGUUUUGCCGAUCGAUCUUACGGUCGAUUCUCUGCCGACUUUUCGUUUGUCAAUCACGUGAACGAGGAUAAGUAACGUCACUCGCGAAGAGUAAGAUACUUAUCUAAGCUUGACAAUAAGUGGGACAGUCCCAGGAACUGUCCUUGCAUUAUUUCAACAGAUGUUUUAAUAAGGAAUCUUUCGUAGUGCUCUUACCGCCAUCGGUGAUAGGCUUCACUGGCCUAUACGUCAUUUCAUCCUUUUAUUUCCCUCCGUCUCUCUUUCUCUACCGCAGUGUAUCAUAAUUCUCUGCUAGAUUACUUUGACUUGUAUUAAUAAUCGUCACGUGAAACUUGGAUGAGGUAUUCAGAUUUGAAUUUAGAUGUUAGAUGUGAGUUUUUCAAUUGAAUUGCGAUUACAAAUGUAUUAUAUAGUUCAAGCAAGAAACUCAAAUCUAAAUUCAGAUCUAAAUAUUUCACGUGGAACAAGUUCCAGAUAACGACUAUUAAUACGGGCUUUUAAGUCUUCUGGUUCCCUCGUCGCGGCAAUCUUGAUUUAAGCCAUUGAUCCAGAAGCCAGUGAAUGCACGGCCAAAAUUUCUGCAAAGUACGUUGAAAUAAAAAGAUAUAUAAAAAAAACAUUCAUUAUAUCUAUGACACUUGCAAUCGACUGAACACUAAAAUAUUUCCAACGCUUUUCUGUUGCUCUAACAAUCAAUAGAUUACUGUGAAAUUAAAACACUUACUUUUUUCAUCUAACUUUCCUCACGAUUUUGUCACAUUAAUUUUGUAGUUACUUAUUGAUUGUUAGAACGAAAGAAAAGCAUUCAGGACUAUUUACAAAUGUGUCCGAUCGAUUGCAAGGGUCAUCGCAUGGAUACACAUUUUUCUAUUACAACGUAUUUUAUAAGAAUUUUUGUCGUAUAUUUUUGACGUCAUAUACUAUGACGUCAUCAAUCGAGAGUUUCGCGACGAGGUGCCUCAAACAUUUAUCUCGUGAACAACACAUCGGUCUUUGCUUUAUCGCGCGAUCGUGUACUGUAAAUAUCUAAAAAAAAAGAACAACUGAUUAACCACUUUGGUUUCGAAAAAGGAAAAGGCAUAUUGUAAACAUCGUGAUUCGUAGCCGUGAUAAUUUUGUAAAAAGAUAGCGAUUUAUUUAUUCAACGUUAACGGUGUGUCGCGUGAACGCCUCCAUUCCAUUUUUUGUACGGAAAAACAACUGAGAAAGUGCCAAUUUUCUUCGAGAAUGCAUUUCUUCAUGGCACUGUCUUUUCAGAACCGCCGCGACGACGCGUUUGCAGCGAAACGCGUAGUUUCCUAAAUAAUGUAUCGCAUCUGCGUAGGGGGUCUUUUGAGCCACGGAGUCCUCGGGCUGCGUUCUGUGGCUGCAUUUCAUGGGGUUCUGCCCGAUUUCAUCUGUUUUUAACGAACACUUUGACAACUCCAUCUCGACUUAAUCAACUCUCUCUGUAAUGUCGCCUAUCUCGUUUUACGCGUUAGAAGAAUUAGAAGAAUUCAACGAACAUUCGCGAGGAACUACCUCGAAAGAAUCCGUGGACGCGAGGAUGAUUGAGAAUCCCUGUUCUCUAAACGAACUUUCCUGAGAAUUCGAAUAGAUCGCGUCGAAGAGAAACUAGUAUUAUCUGCCGAUAUUCGAGGUGUCGAGCGAAUGAACCAGUCAAUGUACGUCAAUGAGGAUUCAUCAAACUCUGUGUAGCGUGUAAUAGUAGAAUAAUCUUUAUCUAUCUACGUUGUCAAGCCGCUAAGUUGUUUUCUCGAGUCGCGCUCCAAGGAAGAGGAAAAUAUCAUUUCUCCAGUUUUUAUGAAGUUUCUCGGAUAACGUGUGCGUGCGCGUGCACCACGCGUGUCAGGCACUCUCUCUUCUCUCCGAAUACCAUUGAUUUCUUUUUCCUUUUUUUUUUUACCAUCCUCUGAGCUCCUUAUACGACAGCAAUAUCAGAAGCGCGUUUCUCGGUCUCUUUUUGAUUCUCUCUUUCUUUUAGAUAUUAUUUCUUAAUAUUAAGUAGAUCUUUUUAUUUAGGAUCGAUGUGGUGGAGAUAGCGAUGAUUUUUUUUCAAGUCUCUUGUACAAUGUGAACGCUGUGUUCUACCGCUUGGAAUGUUUAGCGUAUACUCUUGGUAUAAUUUUGAUUGAUAAUCUACGAUUAGGAUCGUAACUUAAGGAUAACACGUAUGCAUAAAUAUAAACAAAAAGGACGCUGUACGCGCAGUCUGACGUGGAAUAAUGCGCAAUCGUGAAUUCGAGAAACACUUGGCCAACAAUCGACCAAGUCGCAGGAAAAAGGUUGAAAUUCUUCCAUUUUUACGACGCACAUUCGGCUCAUAUAUCCGCUGAAAAACGAAAGAAUCAGAUUGACUGAUGUACUAAAAAUUUGUACAGACUGAGAAAAAGUUGGCCCGAAGAGAAAAGGAGAAAAAGCGCGUCGAACUUCGAAGUUAUUAUUCUACAUGGCAUUGCGUGAUACAGCGUUAUACUUUGACUUCCAUAGUUAAGAAGAUAUACAGUUACACUAGGAUAUUAUAAAGAUAAGACGAGCACAGCACAUUUCAGCCUGUACUUUUAUAAAAAGAGCGAUCAAAAAAAAAUGUCGUAGACCUUGGAACACAAUUGUUGCGUCCGUCGUAAGAUCAAUUACAUCUCAGCGCUUAAAAAUCCGCGAGUUCAAUCAGGUUUCGUGUAAGCUCUCUCUCUUUCUCUUUCUUUUUUUCUCUUACUUUUCUUUCUUUUUCUCUUUUUCUCUCACUCUUCUUUCUUUUUCUCUUGAAAGAAUUUAGUCUUUCGUAUCGACACUUCUCAUCGUGUACGAUUCGGUCGCUUGAUUCGUGAUUCGCACGAAGUUGAGGAGCGCUCCUAACUGACUUAACUAACGAGAAAUUAUUUACAUCUGGAAACAUCAAAUUCGUGACAUUGAUUGUUUAAAUAAUUGAUACGAUUGUGCCGCAUGUAUUUUUCUAGAGACUAUUCUGUUUCGAAUAUAUUCAGCAUGGAUUCGAUUCUAUUAUUAUACAUCUAGUAUGCUGUCGAUAUAAAUCAGAUAGUAGGUUCUAUACUCGCGGGUACCUGUCCCCUCCGUUACUUUAGCAUCCUUCUUUAUUGAACACUCACGUACAGAAUGAAAUAUACUCACGAUGAAACGCGGCAAAAAUAAAGAGUACAAAUGUAACAGCUAUACACGGUCCUGAUUGAAUGGUCCUGAACGAAAAUAGGAGUUGUAAAGGCAUAAAAAAUUAACAAAAAGAAAAGAAAAACAAAGGAAACGAAGGAGAAAAGUGUGGUCUAAUAGAGAAUUAAAUGUAAAAUUUUUGCGACUAUAUCACACGAGUUUGAAUGCUCCGUCGAGUCUGCUCUUUGAAUAUCCUUUCAGUUUUCACCUGAACAAAAGAACAUCCCUCCUUCUGUGGUAUGCUGUAUAAUUUCUCUUUUUAUUAAAGAUGCAAUGAUUGUAUAUGGGCUGCGUUUGAGUCAUGACCGAAUGUAACGAUUUAUUAUAUAAGUAAUGCAAAAUAAAUGAAAGAUAAGUGCAAGGAAUAAAA